ACCAGAAUCUCCAAUCUUCUCUCUAUUCGCUCCUGGCGUUGAAUUCAAUCAUCCAAUUCAAGGUUAGGGUUCCUUAAUCCUCCUCCCUAGGGCAUAAAUUUCCGCUGUAAUUUCACUUUUAUUUGCUGCAUAUUACUUAUUAUGCAAUUUGAUCGGAACUGACUGAAUAAUAGUUGGGAUCUUUACUGUUUGUCGUAUAAGCCCAUCCCCAAAGUGAUAAGAAAGAAAAUAAUCAUUAACAGCUUCUUUUCUGUGAUAAAAAUGGUGGAUUCCAUUGCUGCUACAUCCUUUCUAGGUCACAGGCCAACAACCUAUGGAGGGUUUUGCUUUAAAUUAGAUGUUUCUGUUAAAAGAUCAAGACUUGUUCACAUAUCUUCCCCAUUAGUGAAAUCUCAAGCUAUUGAAUUAACUAAGGAAGCCUUCAAAAUACCUAGAGAUAUAGGACUAAACAGAAAACCAUUGUCAUGGCCAUUAGAGAAUAGAGCUGAUAAUCCAGCAUUACAUAAUCCAUUGCUCCGGCAAGAAAGAAUGGGUUCAGGCUGGUUGACUGCUAUUUUCGAAUGGGAAGGUGUGUUAAUUGAAGAUAACCCUGAAUUGGAGAAACAAGCUUGGCUUCUUCUUUCACAAGAAGAAGGGAAACCCCCUCCUUUAACCUUUCUCCUUCGCAGAAUAGAAGGAAUGAAAACCGAGCAGGCUGUUUCUGAAGUACUCUGCUGGUCAAGAGAUCCUUCAUAUGUUAAAAGGUUAGCAAAUCGAAAAGAGGAGAUUCAUCAAAGCUUACAAGGUGGAAUUUAUAGGUUUAAACCAGGAUCAGAAGAGUUUGUGAAAAUCCUCAAGAAACAGAAGAUACCCAUGGCAUUAGUUUCAACCCGUCCUAGAAAAGUUCUCGAAACUGCUAUCUUAUCAGUUGGUGGAAUCAAGGGUGUUUUUACAGUAAUCUUGGCGGCUGAGGAUGUUUAUAGAGGAAAACCGGAUCCUGAGAUGUUCAAUUACGCUGCCCAACUGAUGUGUUUCGAUCCCCAAAGGUGUAUUGUGUUUGGGGAUUCGAAUCUGACGGUUGAGGCUGCUCACGAUGCUCGGAUGAAGUGUGUGGCUGUUGCGGGAAAGCAUCCUGUUUAUGAGCUCGCUGCUGCUGAUUUGGUUGUGAGACGGUUGGAUGAGAUCUCUAUCAUUGAUUUGAAGAAUCUCGCAGCACUCGAGGAACCGGAGAUGGAGAUGGAAGAAGAAGAGGAUGAUCGUACACUAUCAUCGAUUGCCACUCUUGAUGAUUUCUGGUAAUGUAUCUUCUUUUAUCUAAAGAAUGUACAUAAAUUUUUAGAAUGUGUUGUGGAUAACAUAUGGGAAAAGGAAAUUUAUGCUAGAGGUGUUCAUCAUCAUUUGUAUGUGACUUAUAAAUUUUAUGUUUUUUUUAAUAAAUAAGAAUAUAUAUUGUUCUCUGGA